GCAUAUGUCCUUUUUUGGUUACUGUUCCAACUCCCUUUCUUUCACUAACAAAAAACAAAUUCUCAGCUUCACUCUCUCUUCCUUUUUCCUUUACCUUUACCAAUUCCAUUUAGGGUUCUUCUACUACUUCUCCUUACGCAUAUUCCUCUCCAAUGGCUGAAUUAUAAUUCGAACCUAAAAAUGAUGAGUCGGCCGGCGGUGCACCCGGUGGAGGUUCCGCCGAUGACCAUCGCGGCGGUGCCGAGAGUGAGGAUGAAGGAUAUUCAAGGCAUGCCCGGUACACUUGGCAGCCUAUUGCUACGGCUGUGUCAGCUGGUGUUUGCUGUUAUCUCUAUCGUUGUCAUGCUCACAACCUCUGAUUUCCCCUCCGUCACUGCCUUCUGCUACCUUGUAGCUGCUGUUGGAUUACAGAUCAUAUGGAGCUUCAUUCUUGCUAUUGCCGAUGUAUAUGCAAUUUUGGUGAAAAGAAGUUUUAGAAAUACAGCAGUUGUCAGUUUAUUUGCCAUUGGCGAUGGGAUCACGUCAACUCUUACAUUUGCUGCUGCCUGUGCUUCAGCUGGAAUUACAGUCCUUAUUAGCAAUGAUCUUGACAAAUGCAAAGUGAACCACUGCACGAGAUUUAUGUCAGCUACAGCAAUGGCAUUUUUAAGCUGGUUUGCUGCAUCACCAUCCUUUUUCAUGAACUUUUGGUCUCUGGCUUCUCGAUAGCUGGCUGCAGUGCUCCCCCUUUGCAGUCAGGCCACCUUAACUUCUCUCAUAUGUAAAUCAGUGCAUUUCAGUUUGUUGACAUUUUCGUGAGGAAUAACCUCUUUGUUGACAAAGUUAAUGUAGAAAACUAUGUCAAAAUUUAGGCCCAACAUCGAUUUUCAAGAGUUAAAUAGAUCUUCAAGCUUGGGUGACUAUAUCUAGAAGUUGUGUUGAGUUAUGUGCCAAAGACUGCUUGUAAAGCCUCUAACUGAUUAAUCGAUCAUCUUAGCAUCAGAUUUUUAACAAA